GCCGGAGCAAAACGGUGUCAGGAGUCUGCCUGGAAGCUUGCGUGGUUUUUAAACCUGGUUUUAACCCAAUCCGGUUUUUAUGCCAGGGCAUGGAAACGCAAACUGUUCGCUGUCCGUGCCGGGCUCACAACCCGAGGUGGAAGCGGUGCCAGAGCACCCAGCGCGCAGCAAAAGCCACAACCCACGCUCGGGGGAGAAAGUAUUUACAGGGCAAUUGCGGCCCUGGGGGGAGGCGAGCGAGGCCAGGCUCCAUCUUAAAGGUCUUUUCCAAUUGAAAUGGUUCUACGGUGCUGUGACGCGCACGGCUGCUUCAGCAGGAAUUCCUCUGGGGGUUGCGGGAGGGAAUUCGUCGAGUAAAGGGUGUCGGGGGAGCGAGCAGGUCCAGGGGAAAUCCAUGGUUUUCCGUGAAAGUGAGUGCUCAGCGGGGCUGUGCCGUACACCGGGAUGCACGUCGGCUCGCUGGCGGCGCAGAGCCUGCGGUGUGUGACAAAAACGUCCCCGUGCGGGUCUCGGGGGAGCAUGUGCUCUCUGUGACAUCUCCUGCGGUGCGGGCACGGGGGGCCCGGCGGCUGGCGGGGCCGUGGCUCGGUGCACGGGUUCCCGCUGGCGACGGCAGGCGUUGGUCGGUGCUGCUGCGGUGGCCGAAGCGUCGGUUCCUGUGCCGACGCCGUGCCGUGGGCUGAGCUGCUGAUCCGGCGGAUGUGCAAGCCCCUGAUCCUGCUAACGGCACGUGCUCGCCCCGAGACGGGGACGGGGCGGCCUCUUCCUCGGCCGUGACUGUCCUGCGUCCCUGUGAGGAGGAAGAGGAGGAGGAGGAGCAGACGCCUGGGGGAGCCUGGGGGAGCCUGGGAUCUGUGGGUGCACGCCUGGGUUCCGUGGGUGCAGGCGUGGGGUCUGUGGGGUCAGGCCUGGGGGGAACCUGGGGGUUUGUGGGUGCAGGCCUGGGGGGGACGGACUGGGAGGGACCUGAGGUCCGUGGGUGCAGGCCUGGGGGCCGUGGGGGGGCCGUGGGUGCAGGCCUGGGGGCCGUGGGGGGGCCGUGGCCGCCCUCACACGCAGCCGCCAGCCCCGGAGGCCCGCGGAGGCCGCAGUGCCCCGAGCAGCGCCGGGGCCGGUGUCACGGACCCGCCCCUUCCGGUGGCGGUGACGCGGGCGGGGCGCGGCGGUCCCGGUGCUCGUCCCGGUGCUGGUCCCGGCCCCGGCCCCGCCGCCAUGCGCAAGUUCUUCCAGGAGAUCAAGGCCGACCUGAAGUUCAAGACCGCGGGGCCCGGACAGAAGCUCUCGGAGCCGUCCCGGGUCCCCAAGGAGAAGCCGAAAGCCGAAGCGGCCCCGAAGCCCCGUCAGGCACCGACGGACGAAGCGCAGAUGGCGGCGGCUGCGGCGCUGGCCCGGCUGGAGCUGAAGCCCAAGGCCAAGCCGCCGUCCUCCCAGGAGGCCAUCAAGAACCAGGUGAGGAAGGAGCUGAUGGCUGAGGCGGCUGCGAGCGAGGAAGGGCUCUCCGCGGAGGAAAAGGACCUCGCCUCCCCAGACAGGGAAGGGGCAGCUGCCCCCUCUGUUUCAGGGGUCUAUUUCAUCUGCCCGUUGACCGGUGCGGUUGUAAGGAAAGACCAGAAGGAAAAGCACCUCAGAGAAGCCAUACAGUCGUAUUUCUCCGUAGACCCGGUGGCUGCUUCGAUCAUGGAGAUUCACACCUUCAAUAAGGACCGGGAGAAAGUCCGAGUGGGCGUGGAGACCGUGGCCAAGUACUUGGAUAACAUCUAUCUCCAUCCAGAGGAGGAGAAGUACCGGAAAAUCAAGCUGCAGAACAAAGUGUUUCAGGAAAGGAUAAGCUGCCUGGAAGGGAUACACAAAUUUUUCCAGGCUAUCGGGUUUGAGACCAAAACACUGCCUGUUCCAGGACAAGAGACCACAGAGGAGUACUACGUACUGAAGGAAGAAAUGCUGACCAAGCUGGAAGACCUCAGGGACUACAAAGAACAGCUUUUAAGCUCUGAGCCCGUGAGAGCCCAGCUGGAUCGCCAGCUCUCCGUAUUCAAACCGUCGCCUGAAGCUGCUCGGUUUGAGCUGCCGAAUGACUUUUACAACCUCACCGCAGAAGAGAUCAAACGAGAGCAGCGGCUCCGGACAGAAGCAGUGGAGAAGGCUUCGAUGCUGAGGACAAGAGCCAUGCGAGAGAAAGAAGAACAAAGGGAAAUGCGGAAGUACAACUACACCCUGGUGCGAGUCCGGUUUCCCGAUGGAUACAUCCUCCAAGGGACUUUUUAUGCACGAGAAUCAGUAUCUGCGCUCUACAACUUUGUGAGAGGAGCGCUCAGAGAUGACUGGCUGCCCUUUGAGCUGUUGGGACCCGGAGGUCUCAAACUGACGGAUGAGAACUUGGCCUUCAAUGAAUGUGGGCUGGUGCCCUCAGCCCUCCUGACUCUCGCCUGGGAUGCAGCAGUCAUGGCAGACAUUCAGGCAGCAGGAAAGGAGCAGCCAGCAAGCCCCCUGAAACCAGAACUUCUCUCCAGAGUCCAGACACUCUCAUGAAAUAAAGGGGAGUGGAUUCAGUGCUGGUGGUUUUAGACUGAUCCUUCAUUUUCUGAUACAGAUCGUUGGAGCUUCCAGCUCUGUGACCUCAGAAAUGACUUUGGUUUAGCUCUGCAGAGCGGGAGUCUCGGUUCUGCCCUGUCCCACCCGCCCUGCAGUCACCUCCACGCUCCGGUACCAGGCCCAGGACUGCUCUGAACGGCUUUACAAACCCCGUUCUAGCAGCGAUGGCUUGAGGGGUUUCCGAGACCAUGACGAAGCAGCGCUCCCCUCCCUUGGAGGAGGGAUGAGGUGCUAGUACUAGGCUGGAUUACCAACCGAGUGAGCCUGGAUUAUCAGGCUGGACUUAGAACUCAGCUUUUCCUUUUGCUUCUGUGUGCACUGUAACUCCUAUUGGAGAGAAUAUAUUUACAUAAAGUUAUGCUUAGUCUGAUUAAAUGGAAUAUUUAAAGACUCAGUUCUGUUCAAAGUUCUUUGAAUCGCAUUGCUCUUAGAGGUUUGAAAUGCAGACGAGCUCCAGUCAGUGCUAGGGCUGGCACUGGUGUUACUGGUGGAGCUUUUCACUUCACAGCACCCAGGGGGACACCAGGAGACCGGCAACAGCUUUUUAUGGUGCCCAGUGGUGAGAGAUCAGACCUCAAGCUACAGCCAGCGUUUUAGGGAACUAAUUCACCGUCUCAGAAGCCCUACGAAGUUAAAAGCGAUGUGCACAGGAGGCUGAUAAUCUGUCGGUAGCCUGAUGUGUAAUUAAUACCAGGAGAAACAAGUUGCAUUUUUCUGUUCCAAAGGUAAAGCCCUGCUGCUGUUCCUUGGAGCAAGUAAGACCACAAACAGGAUGAUAUAGAUAUUCAAAUAUAAUUGUACAUCAUUUAUACCCAAGGCCAUGCUAUACAACAUUAUGAACAGAGUAAUUCCCCCAGUGGCAUCACAAUAAGCUUAUUUCAAAAUCCCUCCACUAGUUUUAGAGAUAACUUAGAUACCUUCCAUUACAAAGAAGUAUCAAAAUUUCAAUAAUGCUUUAUUAAGGACAGAUUAAUAUGCAGUAUUUAAGCUAAAAACUAGAACUAAAAAUUUAAGCUUCCAUCUGGUCUGAAGCAGAACAAAGUGCUGUCUUCUCUUUACAAGAAAUAUGGAAUACUUUCAAGUAUCUUGUUCAAAGAUACACAAGGUUUAAAAUUCUCUAACUCAUUCUACAUACAUACAGAGAAGUUAGUAGGCAAGUCUCAAACUGUAUUAGAUGGGCUGACCACGCUGGUGUCCUGGUGAGCGGCUCUUGUGCCGCUGGAUUCUGAAACUGUUUCAGUAACUGCCAACGUAGAAUCUGCAAAGUAGAAAAUGUGUUGGUUCGGGGGUUUUUGGUUUUUGUUUUAAAUAUCCUCAUUAACCUAUCAGAAUUUGACUACUAUAUGCUUUAUCUGUCUUAGCUUGUCUGCCUGUAUCUGUUACACGUCUCCUUUUCAAUACUAUUUAAAAACCAGUUUAAUAUUGGGUUAACAGCAAGCCAGAAUAAAAUUACUUCGACCAUAAAAA